AUGCCGUCGUCCACGACGACCAAACGGUUGACGGAUGCUCAGCGCACCGACAUCUACAUUCGUAUGUCGCUGCUCAAGGCCGACGGCCGCAUCAAGCAUGGCGAGCUCAAGAAGGUCUGCAGGGUCACCAAGGGAGCACUGGCCAAGAUUUGGAAGCGCGCCUGCGAGACACGGGAGGACAAACAGUUUGUCACAGUCGACUGCGACUUUCCAAUUUGCCUCGUACCACUAAGUCAAGAAGCUCUCAGCGCCGCCGCGCUCAAGAUGUCCGCCGAAAACAGCUGGAUGCCGCUCCGUGAGACCAUCACUCACGGACCCGAAAAAUCGAACUUCCGCGAGGAAGAUGUGUCUGGUCCAACCAUCCAUCCGGAUGAUGGACCUGUGGCGGGUGUUUUCUACAAGAACCCUGCAGACAUGCCCCACUCUCAAGUCUACGAGCUGACAGUGCACUUGGGCGAAGGCUACUGCGACUGGAAAGAGAAGACUCUGUGCAGUCAAUUCGUCAAGUAA